AUGGGGGACAUAGCAGAAAAAUGUAGUGAUCCAGGUCCAUGCAUGGUUACUUGUACUAUUGAUGGUACCCAAAUUUUUUACUGCAUGUGUGAUUUGGGUGCAUGUGUGAGUAUUAUACCAUUAUCUUUAUAUGAUGCUUUGAGGCUCCCUCCCUUAAAAAGGUCAGCAGCACGUUUUGUUUUGGCAAAUAAAAGCAUAAUCUCUGUGGUUGGAAUUGCUGAAAACGUGCUCAUGAGCAUUAAGGGGCUGACAUUCCCUAUUGAUUUUUAUAUUUUGGAGAUGCUCCCUAAUGACUCAGGAAGACCUUCAUCUGUCCUACUUGGAAGACCAUUUCUGAAGACUUCAAAAUUCAAGUUGGACGCCUACUCAGGAACCUACUCUUUUGAGAUAGAUGGCAGAAUAGUGAGCUUCAAUCUGGAUGAAGCUAUGAGACACCCGCCGGAAGAUCACUCCAUUUUCCAGUGUGAUAUUAUUGAUGAGGCCGUGGCUCUAGUCCAUCAGAAAGAAAUAGAAGAGAUUCACAUGGAGCAAGAUGCAAGUGUGGGGAAGCCCUCUGAGCUUCCUGAAGAUAUCAUACUACCACACACAGCUCCAGAUGAUCAAGUGCCUAGCCAAGAGCAGAAAUCAGAACUGAAGCCCCUUCCACCCCACCUCAAGUACGCGUACCUUGAGGAUAAUCAGAAGCUUCCAGUCAUCAUUGCAAUGGAACUCACUUCCCAAUAG